AUGGCCGGCCGGAACGUGAUCUCCGAUGACGAAGAUGAUGUUGGGGUUGGAGAAGAGAGAGACGAAGAGCCCUACGCUGAGCAAGGUGGUGAUCGGGAUGAUGAUGAUGACGAGGAAGAGGAAGAAGAAGAAGGAGAAGAUGAGUACGAGAAAGAUGGUUUCAUAGUCGAUGAUGUUGAUGAGGAAGAGGACGAGGGGGAAGAAGAUCGAGUUGAUAGCGACGAGGAGAGGCAGAAGAAAAAGAAAAGAAAAAAAAGGGAAUCAGAGAGGAAUUAUGUCCUUGAUGAGGAUGAUUAUGAACUCCUUCAGGAAAGCAAUAUAUCUGUGCCUCGCCCAAAACUUGAGAGUAAAAAGUUCAAGCGACUCAAAAAGGCUCGGAGGGAUGCAGAAGAAGAGCCGUCUGGGCUUUCAGAUGAAGAAGAGUUUGAUGGCAGUGGAAGCGGCAGUCGUACAGCUGAAGAGAAGCUGAAACGCAGCUUGUUCGGUGAUGAUGACGGGCAACCUCUUGAGGAUAUUGCUGAGGAGGAUGAGCAGUUGGAAGAAGAGGAUGCCGACAUUGACGAUGAAAAUGAAAUGGCAGAUUUUAUUGUUGAUGAAGAAGAAAUUGAUGAGCACGGAGCUCCUGUGAGGAGAAAAAAGGUUAAGAAGAGCAGGAACCGACCAGGAAUUUCCUCUUCAGCCCUCCAGGAAGCUCACGAAAUAUUUGGUGAUGUUGAAGAUCUCUUGAGAAUUCGCAAGUUGGAGGUGAGCGACAGGUAUGGUGAAACCGGUGAAAGAAGCCUUGAAGAUCAGUUUGAUCCAAGUAUACUUUCUGAGAAGUAUAUGACAGAGAAGGAUGACCGAAUUCGGGAAAUAGACAUUCCUGAGAGAAUGCAGAUAUCUGAGGAAAGUACUGGCCAUCCUCCAACAGAUGACAUUAGUAUCAAAAUGGAGACUGAGUGGAUAUACAAUCAGCUAGUUAGUGGUACGGUUCCUUUGUUUAACAAGAGCGGUUCAGAGGAGGUAGAUGAUGAACUGAAGCGCCACAUAGCAAGAUUCCUGGAAUUGAUGCACGUUCAAAAGUUGGAUGUUCCAUUCAUCGCCAUGUACAGAAAAGAGGAGAUUUUGAGCCUAAUAAAGGACUCAAAUGAGUCUGAAACGGACAUUGAUAAUGAUCCAGAUCACAAGCCUAAGCUGAAGUGGCACAAGGUGCUUUGGACAAUCCAGGAUUUGGAUCAGAAAUGGCUUCUUCUUCAGAAAAGAAAGAGUGCUCUGCAGUCCUACUACAGCAAGCGUUUUGAAGAAGAGAAUAGAAGAAUAUAUGAUGAGACACGCCUCAAUUUGAAUCAACAACUUUUUGAAUCAAUCACUAAAUCGCUUAAAGCUGCUGAUUCAGAAAGAGAAGUUGAUGAUGUAGAUUUGAAAUUUAACUUGCACUUCCCGCCCGGUGAAGUUGUCUUAGACGAAGGACAGUUUAAGAGGCCUAAGAGGAAGUCACAUUACAGCAUUUGUAGUAAAGCUGGACUGUGGGAGGUUGCGAGCAAAUUUGGUUAUAGCUCCGAACAAUUUGGCUUGCAGAUUUCUCUUGAAAAAAUGAGGAUGGAUGAACUGGAGGACGCAAAGGAAACACCAGAGGAAAUGGCCUCUAAUUUCACCUGUGCGAUGUUUGAGACAGCUCAAACUGUGUUGAAAGGUGCAAGACACAUGGCAUCUGUAGAGAUUAGUUGUGAGCCAUCUGUACGGAAGCAUGUCCGGAGCAUCUUUAUGGAUAAUGCUGUAGUUUCUACCCGUCCAACACCUGAUGGAAACACGGCUAUUGAUUCAUUUCAUCAGUUUGCUGGAGUUAAGUGGUUGCGGGACAAGCCACUUACUAGAUUUGAUGAUGCGCAGUGGCUUCUGAUUCAGAAGGCCGAAGAGGAGAAGCUCUUGCAAGUUACUAUCAAGCUGCCUGAAGUGGUCCUUGAGAAGUUAAUCAGUGAUUCUAAAGAUUACUAUCUGAGUGACGGUGUUAGUAAAUCUGCGCAGUUAUGGAAUGAACAGAGGAAGCUAAUUCUUCAUGAUGCCUUUUACAGUUUUCUUCUAACUUCUAUGGAAAAGGAAGCGAGAUUGUUGCUGGCGAGUAGAGCAAAAGCCUGGUUACUUGCAGAGUAUGGGAAGGUGUUGUUGGAAAAAGUAUCUGUUUCUCCAUAUCAGCGGAAAGAAAGUGAUAUCAGUUCAGAUGAAGAAACUGCACCAAGGGUCAUGGCAUGCUGCUGGGGCCCAGGAAAGCCUGCUACAACUUUCGCUAUGCUGGAUUCAUCUGGAGAAGUUUUAGAUGUACUGCAUGCUGGUUCUCUCAGUGUUCGUGGUCAAAGUAUUAAUGAACAGCAACGCAAGAAAAAUGAUCAGCAGCGAGUGCAAAAAUUUAUGAUGGACCAUCAGCCGCACAUUGUUGUUUUAGGAGCUGCUAAUUUGUCUUGUACCCGGUUGAAGGAGGAUAUUUAUGAGAUCAUCUUCAAAAUGGUGGAAGAUAAUCCUAGAGAUGUUGGUCACGAAAUGGAUAACCUGAACAUUGUCUAUGGUGACGAGUCUCUCCCACAUUUAUAUGAAAAUUCCCGCAUUUCAGUUGAUCAGCUUCCUUCACAGGAAGGUAUUAUUCGUCGUGCUGUGGGUCUAGGACGGUAUCUUCAGAAUCCAUUAGCCAUGGUUGCCACACUUUGCGGGCCAGGUAAGGAGAUAUUGUCUUGGAAAUUAAAUCCAUUGGAGAAUUUUCUUACUCCCGAUGAGAAGUAUGGGAUGGUGGAACAAGUUAUGGUGGACGUGACAAACCAAGUCGGUCUUGAUCUUAAUCUGGCUUCUAGUCAUGAAUGGUUGUUUGCUCCUCUGCAAUUCAUUUCUGGGCUGGGUCCCAGGAAAGCAGCUUCUCUGCAGAGGUCUCUGGUAAGAGCAGGAGCCAUUUUCACACGGAAAGACCUGUUGACGUCCCAUGGUCUGGGUAAAAAGGUUUUUAUUAAUGCUGUUGGAUUCCUGAGAGUGCGGCGUAGUGGAUUGACUUCAAGUAGUAGCCAAUUUAUCGAUUUGUUAGAUGACACUAGAAUACAUCCCGAAUCUUAUAGUCUGGCACAAGACUUGGCCAAGGAUAUCUACCGGGAGGAUGGCAAUGAUGACGCGAAUGAUGAUGAUGAUGUGCUGGAAAUGGCUAUUGAGCAUGUAAGGGAGAAGCCUCAUUUAUUGAGAGCUGUUGAUGUUCAUGAAUAUGCUGAACAGAAGAACCGCCUCAACAAGAAAGAAACCCUUAAUGAUAUAAGAUUGGAGUUGAUGGAAGGCUUUCAGGACAGGCGCAGACCAUUCGUAGAACCAAGUCAGGAUGAUGAGUUUUAUUUGAUAUCAGGAGAGAGUGAGGAAGCACUUGCUGAGGGAAGAAUUGUGCAAGCAACGGUGCGCAGGGUGCAACCUCAGAGAGCGAUUUGUAUCCUUGAAUCUGGAUUGACAGGCAUGCUUAAUAAAGAGGAUUAUGCUGAUGAUUGGAGGGGCAUUGACGACUUAAAUGAUAGGUUGCAUGAAGGUGAUAUCUUAACUUGCAGAAUCCGUUCCAUUGUGAAGAAUCGCUAUCAGGUGAUUUUAACUUCCAGAGAUAGUGAAAUAAGGAACAGCCGUCACCAGAACCAUCGUAUUAUGGAUCCUUACUAUCACGAAGAACAGAGCACCUUACAUACUGCACAGGAAAAGGCUCGUAAAAACAAGGAGCUCGCGAGGAAGCAUUUUAAACCAAGGAUGAUUGUUCAUCCUCGAUUCAAAAAUGUAACAGCUGAUGAAGCAAUUGAGUUUCUAGUGGACAAGGAUCCUGGUGAAAGUGUUGUCCGUCCUAGUUCUCGUGGGCCUUCAUUUUUGACUUUGACGCUGAAAGUUUAUGAUGAUGUAUAUGCUCAUAAGGAUAUAGUUGAAGGUGGGAAGGAACACAAGGAUAUUACAAGCUUGCUUCGGAUAGGAAAAACACUGAAAAUUGGAGAGGAUACUUUUGAAGAUCUUGAUGAGGUAAUGGACCGCUAUGUGGAUCCAUUGGUUUCUCAUCUGAAGUCCAUGCUGAAUUACCGAAAGUUCAGGAGGGGUAACAAGAGCGAAGUAGACGAGCUUCUUAGAAUUGAGAAGGCCGAGAAUCCAAUGAGGAUAGUGUAUGGCUUUGGGAUUUCUCACGAACACCCUGGCACAUUCAUAUUGACCUACAUACGGAGCUCUAACCCACACCACGAGUACAUAGGUCUAUACCCCAAAGGGUUUAAGUUCCGGAAAAGAAUGUUUGAGGAUAUAGACCGUCUUGUAGCUUAUUUUCAGAGGCAUAUUGAUGAUCCGCACGAUUCUGCCCCUUCGAUAAGAUCAGUUGCUGCAAUGGUUCCUAUGAGGAGUCCUGCAGCUGGUGAUGGUGGUGGCUGGGAUGGUUCGUCCAAUGAUGGCAGUGGAGGCGGCGGCUGGAGAGGGGGUGAUAGAGACAGGGGUUCCGGUUCUAGAUCAGGGAGAGGUGAUUACAGAAAUGGGGAAGGACACCCGAGCGGGGCCCCCAGGCCAUAUGGUGGGCGGGGCCGCGGUCGAGGUCGUGGCCGUGGGCGAGGCUCGUUCGACGGCGAUAGGAACGACUCGGAAAGGGGUUCACAGAGAUGGAGUUCCUCCAGAGACGACGAAAACAACAACAAUGGAGGAGGAGGUUGGGGAAGCUUCCCCGGAGCUAAGGUCCAGGAUUCUCCGGGUAAGGACUCUUUUGGCGGCGGCAGUAGCUGGGGCGGCGGUGGCGGUGCCGCCAGCGGCAGUGGUUGGGGUAACUGGGGAGAUGAUGGCGGGAAGAAGAGCAGCGAAGAUGGCGGUGGGGGUUGGUGA